AUGGACUGGGAGGAAGGCAGAACCAUGGAGGGACUGUCUAUAACCCACUGGGUGAACAGCCCAGUCCGCCACCAGGCCCUGUUCCAAGGAAGGGACUUGGACGACUGUGUGGAGGACCAUGACCUAUUCGCCCUGCCCGGGCCUGCCUUCCCCGACCCUGGGGUAGUGAAGCCUGGCCCUGGGGUAGUGAGGCCUGCCCCUGGGGUAGUGAAGCUAGAAGCGGUCUGCGAAGGUACUGCCACAUCCCAGCCCCAGCGGACUGAGCCUGUUUACCAGGUGCUUCUGGACGUGUCCCAGUUCAGACCUGAGGAUAUCAUGAUUCAGGUGUUUGAGGGAUGGCUCUUGAUCAAGGCUCAGCAUGGAGCCAGAAUGGAUGAACAUGGGUUUGUUACCCGAAGCUUCACCCGUCAGUACCCACUGCCUGAGAAACUACAGCAUGCGGGGGAUCUGAGGGCUCUGCUAUGUCAUGAUGGGAUACUGGUGGUGGAAUCCAAGCAGAGAACACCUGUCAGGAUACAACACAGUGAGGAGGACCCCUAUUGA